UGUGGAAAUUAUCUUUCAGAAAUGAAUCGCCAUCAUUACUCAAUAUUUGUAAGGAAUUGUCGCCUAAUAUUGCUGUUGCGAAGGGAAUUUUACCAAGAAAGACCCAGUGUAUUUAGACCUGCAGAAUGGCGAUGGAAAAUGCCUGAAGUCUGUGAUAACCAAUGGCAUCAUUAUGCUGUCAGUGUGAACUUUCCGGAGUCUACCCUCUAUGUGGAUGGACAACAAUUCAAAAUACAAACCAACAACCCAGACAUUGUUGAUGAUUGGCCUCUUCAUCCUGCUAAAGAUAUCAACACCACAUUUGUUGUUGGAGCAUGCUGGCAAGGAAAAGAUGAAAAAAUGGCCUUCAAUUUCCAUGGAUUCCUUGCUGGUCUGUCUGUAUUGCGAGGCCGAACAGAAAAUCCAGAAGUAUUAGCCUGUCUUCAUCGAUGCAAGGAAGGUUUAGAAGUACCCCCUGCUGAUCUCCUAGAACCCGGAAUGGAACUUUUGACUAAUUCAGAUCUUAGUGAAGUAACAGUCGAAGGAAACAGCAAGAACAACCUAGAAGAUUUAAUAUCUCGAGUAGGAUAUGUAAAUUCAAGAGAAUUUCCUACCCCUGGACGUCGUAGUGUUCAAAUUAGUACCACUGUCACGUAAGUAUAUCCUGUGUGC